GAAGCGUCAUUUCCGGUUUAGAGAAGUGCCGAACAACAAAAUGGAAGGGAAAAACAAUCUGGACGAUCUGGACGCCCGACUUCAAGUCCUCGAAAAACGCGUUCAUGGGGAAAGAGGAGGAAAAAACAAUAAGCCAGUGAAGUGUGCUGAAUCACUCACAAGGAUCAGUAGUGCUCUUGCAAACACAGCAAACAAGAGAGAGCGUGUCAAGAUCCUUCACAAGAAAAUUGAAGAUUUGCUGAAGUAUUUGGACCCCCAGUUCACAGACUUCAUUGCUGUGCCGGAUGCAAUGAAAUUGGAGUUUAUUCUAGCAGAGGAAGAGUUUUUGCGUUCCCAGGCCACAUUAUUGGAGCAGGUGCACAAUCUGCAGCCUCUUCUGGACAGCAACCACAUUAAAGCGGUUCCAGAGUUGACCACUAAAGUGCAGCGGUUGUCACAAAUUCACAUUCAACAGCAGGACCAGAAUGAAGAACUGUCUGCUGAAGUCAAAAGGCUGUUUGAAGAAUACAACAAAAUGAUGAUUCUUUUGUCGAAGCAGUUUUCACAGUGGGAUGAAACUCUCCGUAUGCUGGAAGGACCCAAGCAAGGCCCGCUGAUAGAUUAGGAUUUGAAUGCUUAGAUUGAUGUUUCAUUGUAAAAUCUUGCAUUUAGCCGUCUUCAUUACAGAUAUGAAUAAUAAAACAGCACUGUCAUUCCUAAACAUACCUUGUUGUAUGUAAGUGUUGUUUAAGUUCCUAACCUUGAUCUUGUACAAAAUGCUUCUCUUACUGUAUUAUUAAAAAAUGAAAUGUUCAUUACAUUUGAGUUUACAGAAACACAUUUCUCCUGUAAUACGAGGUGCUUGGAAAAUGUAUUUUCAGCCAUUCUCCUCUAAGGUAAAAAGUUGAGGAACUCGUUUUGCUUUUUAAUUUAUUUAUUCCAGCAAUUGUGAGGAUAAUGGGUGUAUGAGGAUGAUUUUUUUUUUUUUACUGCCUUUAGAAAAGUUUCACCUCCUAAAUUGCCAUAAAUAAAUCAUUAGUGCUGUAG